AUGUAUAGAAAUCAUGAUUUUUCACAAAUGCCACCUCCCUACUAUGAUAGACAAUUUCAAUACCACCUUGAUCCAACACUUCGAACUCGCGAGAUGCAAAUGCAACAAAAUUUUAUUUAUCCAUCAAUUGCAAAUGCUGAAUCUACUAAUAUCAAAUUUACUAACUUUAAUCCACUGUGUAACAAUGUCGAUAACAACAAAUCAGUUCUGAUUGCUAAGCUAGAGGUACGAGAACAGGAUGAACGGAUGAUAGAUAAUUUCUUAAAGCAAAAUGAGAACCCUGUGAAUAGAAUAAAGAAAGAUAGUUCUAACUGCCUACCAAAAAUUUCAGAGGCACGUAGUGCGUUAGUAUCUGUUUUAAAGUUGCAUAAAGAACUGAAACAAAGUUUUGCCAGUCUUGCCGAAAAUCGGAAUUUACCAGAACAUGAAUGGAACGAGAGAAUAAACGCUGCCCAAAAUAAGAAAUUGUUAAUUUUGGAAACCCUUAGUAAACUCAAAGAUGACAAGGUUGUGAGUGAACUUACAACGUGUAUAAACAAGCGAAAGAAGAAGAGAUUACGUCAGAAGAAGCAAAGAGUAUUACGGAAAAUUGAAAAACUUACUGCUCACGAAAGAAGGAUACAACUCCAUGCCGAAGCAGAUGCUUGGAUAAAACUAAAGCAAGAUAUAAUUGAAAAAGAAAAACAGGAAAAUGAUAUGCGGAGAAAUGCUGACAUAGUGCUGGCCGAAGUCAGAGGAAAGCGAAACGACGCUAAAAAAUUUUUGGCACUAUUGCAUGAAUUGAAAAAUCUGAGACGGAUUGAAGCCAACAUCGCCAGAGCGAGGGGAGAACAUUUAUCGACUGCAGCUGAUGAGUCAUUUACAAAUAUUAUUGAUAAAUUACUGGAGCAAUGGAAACUGAUGGACCGAGAGUACUCAAUCGAGGAACAAGGAUUAAGGCUCAUGUUGAAAACUAGUAAUGACCAAGAAAUUGAAAACCAGAAGCGGAAUAUUUUCGAUGAUUGGGAAAGUGCACUGUUUGGGAGAAAACUACCAGCUGUGGAUAUCUUUCAACGAAAUAUACAUGGAUUCAUUACCAUGAGAGCUAUGUGGGACAAAUACAUCAGCUGCGACGAACUUGGUUCACCAAUACCAAUUGGCUGGGUCAUGCCAGAUCCACCUUCAUCUGCUGCCUGGCAAAAGUACCUCAAAAAAUGAAUCACUUUUUUACCACUAAUGUAAAACUAUUUGUAUUAUGAGAUAAUGUUAAUAUUACAUUCAAUU